AUGCAGAGGAUCAAGAUAUUGGCUGGAGAGAGUACAAUAAUCUGGUUCAACAUUCGAUAUUACCGGGAUGUUCUUGGCCUCAUGUUUGCAGUGGAUGAAAUUAACACUUCUCUGGACCUCCUGCCUAACAUCACCCUUGGCUUCAGUGUGCUGGACUCCUGUAUGUCGGAGCUCCUGGCCGUGGGAGGAGUUCUGUCCCUGCUGUCAGGACUUAGAAACCCCUUUCCCGGAUAUAACUGUCAUGCACCUUCAACCAUGGCUGGGAUUGUAGGUGACAAUUAUUCCUUCUUAUCUAUUCCUAUUGCCCAGAUAACUGGUGUCUUCCACUUCCCACAGAUAAGUUACGGGUCUACCUUUUCAGCUCUCAGCAAUAAAAUAUUGUUCCCAUCAUUUCUCCGCACUGUACCUAACUUACUUCAGAUAGAGGCUCUUGCUGACCUUGUUGGGAAGUUUGGUUGGACGUGGGUCGGCAUGCUGGUGGCAGACAAUGAUAUUGGGCUUCAAGGUGGACAGAUUAUAGAAGCUGGGAUAAAAAGAAAUGGAGGCUGCAUUGCUUUUAUGGAGAAGAUCCAUUUCAGUUAUUCAGAUGAACAGAUUAAGAGAGUAGUAGAUGUAAUUAAAAGAAGCUCUGUCAAUGUGAUUGUUCUUCACAGCCAGGAUGUCCAUGUUAAGGCCCUGCUAGAAGCUUUGUUUGAUGGGAGGGCUACUGGAAAAAUAUUCAUUGCUUCGGAUCACUUUGGACUUUCACCUGGAGAUUUCUCCAAGAAAACCUGGCAGGUUUUAAAUGGAACCAUUGGACUGAUUCCACAUACUGGAACAAUGCCGGGGUUUGAGGAAUUCCUUUUGAACCUUCACCCAAAUGCCAACUCAAGUUACCCAUUUAUUAGACCAUUCUGGGAGAAAGCAUUCAGCUGCCUCUGGACUAAUGGAGAUAGUGAGAAGUCAAAUACUCUUGAUAUAAAGGCAGGUGUGACCUGCACCGGGGAAGAAGAACUGGGAAAUAAGGUUGCCCAGAUAUUUGAAACAAAUGAUCUCAGCUACACUUAUCAUGCUUACCUGGCUGUGUAUGCCUAUGGACAUGCUCUGCAUUCACUCCUUGGCUGUAAUUCCAGAUCAAAUGAACUGUAUAAUGGGAAGUGUGAAAAUAUUAAUGAUGCUCAACACUGGAAGGUGAGUUACAAAUGGCUUAAUGAACCAAUACGCAUUCACUUUGCCUGCUAUUCCACAUAUAAAAAUAACCUAAACAAUCAGUGGGCGCAAUGUUUCCUUUUAUUUAUGGGCUUUAAAUGUGGCCAAACAAAAAACUUCCAAUAUGCUUUUGGUGUCCAAAAAAUAAUACAGGUGCUCCGUUACCUCAAGAAAACCAGUUUCCAUGCAAAGUCCGGGGAGAUGAUGAAGUUUAAUGCCGAGGGGGACCUUCCUGCUUCCUCUGAUGUCUUGAACAUGCAGUUCCCCAAUGAUAGCUUUAACCUGGUGAAAGUAGGGAAGAUUGACCCCGAAGCCGAAGUUGGUGAUAAGAUCAGCCUAAACUUUAGCGCCAUGCUCUGGAAUGACAACUUUUUACAGGUGCCGAUCUCUGUCUGCAGCAAUAGCUGUCGGCCUGGGUACAGGAAAGCCUCUCUGCAAGGAAGACCUAUCUGCUGCUAUGACUGCAUACCCUGCUCUGAAGGAGAGAUGACCAAUCACACGGAUAUGGACGAGUGUAUCAGAUGUCCCUUCGAUCAGUGGUCCAAUGAGGAAAAGGACAGGUGUGUCCCGAAGGUUUUGGAGUUCCUAUCAUAUGAUGACCCAUUGGGAAUCACGCUGGUGUUAACAGUUGUCAUGUUGUCAGCUCUCACACUCUGCAUCCUAAUUAUCUUCAUUCAAUAUCAGGAAACACCUAUUAUCAAAGCCACCAAUAGAGAGCUGAGCUACAUCCUGCUGUGUAUAUCUCUCAUUUUUUGCUUCCUCUGCAGCCUGGUCUUCAUUGGUCAACCUUCCACUUUUAGUUGUCGCUUCAGACAAACCUUCUUCAGCGUGGUCUUCUCCAUCUGUAUCUCCUCAGUCUUGGCCAAGACUAUCAUGGUGAUACUUGCCUUUAAAGCCACCAGACUGAACAGCCCUUUGAGGAAAUGGCUGGGUCCUACCAUCCCUCGGAGUGUUGUUGGGAUCUGUUCUGUUUUGCAGAUUAGCAUUUGUUUAUUUUGGCUUUACAGGUCCCCUCCGUUUCCCAUGCUGAACACCAAAAGCCAUAAGAUAACAUUUGAGUGUAAUGAAGGAGAGAAAAUAUUUUUCUACUUAACUCUAGGGUUCAUGGGAUUUCUGGCCAUGAUAAGCUUUCUAGUGGCCUUCCUAGCAAGAGACCUUCCAGGAACCUUCAAUGAGGCCAAACUGAUCACCUUCAGCAUGCUGGUCUUCUGUUGUGUCUGGAUCUCCUUCAUCCCGGCCUAUCUGAGCACCAGUGGCAAAUACACAGUGGCUGUUCAGAUAUUUGCCAUCUUGGCCUCCAGCGCUGGACUACUAAGCUGUAUAUUUCUUUCCAAAUGUUAUAUUAUUCUGCUGAGACCAGAGAGGAACAAUCGAGAUUUCUUAUCAGCCAGUAAAAACAGGACAAAUUUGAAUAAAUAA